AUGAGCCUCAAAUCCUCAGCGUCUACUCCUCAGUUUGAGAGCAAAAGCAGCCAUAGUUUGACGAGAAAUGGAAGUUAUCUAGUCAGGCACACCCCUCAUCCCAGAAGGGUCUGCCACAUCAAAGGCUUGAAUAACAUUCCUAUAUGUACUGUGAAGGAUGAUGAUUAUUCACUGAGAUCUAUGUGGAGUGUUGACCAGUUCAACCACUUAGAGACGACGGACAACAUGCCAUUUGCCAAAUGCACUCACCCACCCAGCACUGCAGCCGAGGAGGGCCCAGUCAGAGGAGUCUCACCAGCCCCGAAAAGUGCCAACGUGCAUCCCCCACGGCCUCAUUCUGCACCAUGUAGAAAAAUCAAGGAGUGCUUCAAAACUUCCAAUGAGAAUCCCUUAGUAAUUAAAAAGGAAAGUAAGGUAAAAGAUCCACCCUUACCUCCAAAGGCAUGCCUUACUAUGGACUCUUGUUCUCCAGAGGUGAUGAAUACCAAGACUAAAGCCAAGGAGAAUACCAUACGCAUACCAAACUAUCUGGACCAGGAAAUCAAAAUUCUGGCAAAGCUCUGCAACAUUUUACAUACUGAUUCUCUGGCCGAAGUUCUACAAUGGCUGCUUCACGCAAGUUCAAAAGAGAAAGAGUGGGUCUCAGCUUUGAUACAUGCUGAGCUGUUUGAGAUAAACUUGUUGGCUCGCCCUCUGAGAAGAAGCGUCUCCGCAGAACCAGCAGUAGUGACUGGAAAGCUAACCAAAGUUAAACCUUCAAGUUUACCUAUGAAAUCAAAAGUGCUGACCAGACCUAGAGAAGAACAUCAACUGACCAGAGUGUCAAGUCAAGGAUUUGAAGAAAAUAAGGUGGUGCCAAAAGAGGCUGAGCACAAACCUGCAAUGUUUAUAAGAAGAAAUAAGAUGACAAUACCAGUUACAGAAUACUUCAGCAAAUCAAACUCUCCUCCCAGGCCUAAAACUCAGGAGAACGUAUCAACAAAACCAAUGUCAGCAAGGAGUAUACACCAAGAAUACAAUCCCUCUCCCCAGAGAACAUUUUCUCCUUUAACAUACCAAAGGUAG